UGUGUGUGUGUGUGUGUGUGUGUGUGUGUGUGUGUGUGUGUCCUUGUGAAGGUGACGCAGCAGCAGCUCGACAUGAAUCGUCUCCUGAACCUUCCCGUGGCGGCGGUCCGGGCCUUCAGCAGCUCCAGCAGAACCCUGAAGAACAAAGUUCCUGAGGCGCAGAAACUCUUCCAGGAAGACAACGGGCUGCCGGUCCACAUCAAAGGAGGAACCAGCGAUGUUCUGCUGUACCGGGCCACCAUGUUGCUGACUGUCGCAGGAACCUGCUACUCCAUCUACUGGCUGCUUGUUGCCUCCAUGCCCAAGAAGAAGCAGUGAGAUGAUCUGCGACAUGCAGCGCUAAGCUGAAGCUAGCCUUCAUCUCUGCAGCGCAGCAAUGCUAAGCUGAAGCUAGCCUUCAUCUCUGAUGCUCGUCUGAAAGCAGGAGGAAAUAAAGUUGCUCAGUUUCUCUGUU